AUGGCAACGCACACUAGAAUUCGCAAGUCAAGAGGCGCGUACCGCGGACAAAUCUCGAAGUCCAUCACGAAAGCCGAAACGAUCACCAGUAUAGAAUUAACAGAAGACCAUCUAGAUCAACUCACAGCAGUCGAACAACAUAUAACUAAGGCAUUCGAGCAAGUUAAGAAGUUAGAUGCUGAGCUGCUUGAAAUUACUAAGGACGACGACGUAGCAGAGGUAAUCGUAGAGGCUGACGACCAUAACGCUGAAGUUGAGGAAUACCUCCUGAAACUCAAAAGACAUAUUGAGAGACAAACACACAAAAAAAAGCCAACGCCCACUCCCGCAGUUGUACCACCGAAGGCGAAGACCGUCCGACUUCCUAAACUAAGCCUGGCGUCAUUCGAUGGGGAUUUACUCAAGUGGCAGAGCUUUUAUGACAGUUUCGCAGCAUCGGUGCAUAGUUACCCAGACUUAGACGGUUUCCAUAAAUUCCAGUACCUAAAUGCUCAGCUUACAGGAGAAGCAUCUCGUGUUAUUCAAGGACUAGCAUUAACUAAUGCAAACUAUGCACACGCCCUGGAACUAUUACGAAACCGUUACGGACAACCGCAUAAACUUUCUAGUGCAUACAUGAAAGCUUUAUGGGACCUCCCUAAGCCAAGUGGUGAAUUCACUGGAUUACGUCACUUCUAUGACACUCUUGAAAUUCUUAUUCGUGGAUUAGAUACCCUGGGAAAGUCAGAGAAUACCUACGGUGACCUGUUAGUACCUAUCGUCCUUGAGAAGCUUCCAGGAUCUAUUCGACAACAAUUGGCAAGAACCCACGGUAGUAGUGAUUGGAAGUUGAAAGACUUACGAAAGAAUCUUUUGAAAGAAAUCGAAGCUAUUGAAGAAGGAAAUGUGACCAGUUACACAACUCCCAGUGCUAUCUCGUCUUCAACUGCAGCUUUCCAUACGGAUACUAAACCGUUUCAUAAGACAUGCGCAUUCUGUAAGGACGCUUCACAUUAUUCGGUGAAUUGCAAGACAGUAAUAGAUCAUGACAAACGUCAACAAAUCGUAAAUCGAGAUCGUCUUUGCUUUAACUGCCUUGGCAAUCACAAAAUAAAGGACUGUAAGUCGAAACGAACAUGUCGCCACUGUAGUCGGAAACAUCACACGUCCCUCUGUAGGUCAACCAAUACGGGAUCCGAAACAUUAAUGACGCAAUCAACUACGUGUACGGAUAACGAAGUUAAAGCCUGUCGAAAUACGACGCAAGUUCACGCUAAGUCGGUGUCAGCAGGUGACGUCAAUGUUGGCGGUUUGUCGAAGUCGGGAACAGUUUUACUGAAAACAGCCAUUGCUGAAAUCUCUUCUGGAUCAAAUACUUAUACAGCGACGAUACUUUUCGACGAAGGCGCAACACGAUCGUUUAUAACGAAGGAUUUCGCACGAAAGUUGGAUAUCACGACGGAGGGAUCGCAGAAAAUUCAACUUGCUGCAUUCGGUGGCAAACCUUCUCAUGUCAAAUCCUACGAUAAGGUGUCAUUCGCAGUGCAUACGAUCACCGGUGGAAAGAUGGAUAUUUCAGCACUUGUAGUUCCAAAAAUUUCCGCUCCCAUCAAAAACUUCGUUAAUGCUUCACUCUUGGAUUUACCUCACCUACGGGAAUUACCUUUCGCUCAUCCAGUUUCCAAUGUGGAUUCGUUCGAGAUAUCGGUUCUCAUCGGGGCCGAUUUCUAUUGGGAUUUCGUGAUGGAUCACGUAAUACGAGGCCCUGGACCCACUGCAGUGCAGUCCAAGCUCGGUUACUUACUCUCUGGCCCGAUAUACAAGGAAUCUCAUGAAUCGAACACUACGAUACUACACAUAGCUACUAAUAUUCUCGAUGAGAAAACCAAACUUCAGGAAUAUUGGGAUUUAGAAACGAUAGGUAUCAAAGAUGACCCAUCUGACCUAUGCAAGUCAAUGGAUUUUGAGUCAUACUGUGAAACGCAUUUACGGUUUGAGGACAACGGCUACAUUGCAAGACUUCCGUGGAAAGCAGAAUAUCCACCCUUGCCAACGAAUUAUGACGUGUGCGUGCGACGUACACGAAAUAUGAUUCGAAAGCUAUCACCCGACUUACGCAAGAUGUACAAUGACAUUAUCCAGGAUCAAACCAGACGUGACUUCAUUGAAGAAGUUCCCAUAGAUGAUGUAGCCUGUGGUCACUAUCUCCCACAUAGGCCAGUCAAGAAAGAUUCAGCUACAACUCCAAUAAGAAUAGUAUACGACUGUAGCUGUAAAGUUGGUGAAGGAGCCAGCCUUAAUGACUGUUUAGAGACUGGACCGCCACUUCAGAACGAUCUUGCUGCAAUCCUUGUUAGAUUUCGCCUACAUCACUACGCUCUAGCAACUGACAUUGAAAAGGCGUUUCUGAACGUUGGGCUUGACGCAGAGGAUCGGAAGUUUACAAAAUUUCUGUGGUUGACGGAUAGUAACGACCCAAACAGUGCCUUCAAGGUGUACCAGUUUAAAGUGGUGCUUUUCGGAGCAGUGUGCUCACCUUUUAUUCUAAACGCCACUGUCAGGUCACACUUAGACAAACACGAAUCCCCAGUUGCAGCCGAUAUGAAGGACAAUAUCUAUGUUGACAAUGUAGCGAGUGGAGCUGAAAGCACACAUGACACUGUGAAAUACUACCAGGAAUCCAGAAAGGUAAUGAAAUCUGGUGGAUUCAAUCUCCGAGCAUGGUCGUCCAAUUGCCCUGAACUUCGGAAAUUGGCUGAAGCAGACAACGUUUACAACCCAGAUCGAAUUGCUAAUGUGCUUGGACUAGACUGGGAUACUGAACAGGACAUUCUGCGAUAUUCAAAGCGGAAAAUUGAACCUUCAAUAGACAAUCUGGUGACAAAACGUGAAGUUGUUCAAGUUACAAGCAGUAUCUAUGAUCCACCUGGACUUCUGUCUCCAGUACAUGUUAUGGCUAAGAUAUUUAUACAAGAGCUAUGGACACACAAGUUAGAUUGGGACGAACCGCUGCCGGACGAGCUUAACCAUACUUGGAGAAGGUUGAGUCAGGAGCUGUCAACCGUGACACAAUCAUGUGCCAUUGAUCGCAAAUACUUCGAUUGUCAAAACACUAGCAACGAUUUGUAUGAGCUUCAUGUAUUUGCAGACGCGAGCCCAAAGGCCUACGGGGCUGUUGCAUAUUUGAAAUGUGGCGGAUGCACUUCACUUGUGAUGGCAAAAACUCGGGUUGCGCCGAUCAAACCCAUCUCGCUGCCUAGAUUAGAGCUAAUGGCCGCUUUAAUCGGAUCACGUUUACUGAACUAUCUUCACAGAGACCUCAAACAACUGAUCAACAUUGAACAUGCAUUCCUUUGGUCGGACAGUCAGAUAGUUCUACACUGGAUACACAGUGAGAAAAAGCUGCCUUUAUUCGUUGAGAACCGUGUAAGAGAAAUACGUGCUUGCCAAGUCAUAACCAGAUUCAAAUACUGUCCCACAAAGGAUAACCCUGUCGAUAUUCUUACUCGGGGAAUGAAUGCAUCAGAUCUUCAAAACGCCAUACUCUGGUGGAACGGUCCACACUGGCUUAGAACUUCUGAGUGGCCACAAUGCGAGCUAUUCGAUGGUAAAUCGCAUACAAUGGAUACUGACAACGCUGAUCAUGAUCCGGUCGUCAUUGUAACCAACGCAGUCGGUGAACCUGAUGUAGACAUGCGCAUCACCAACGUAAUCGACCCCGAACGUUACAGUUCGUAUACGAAACUGUUGCGCAUCAGUGCUCUCGUACUCAGAUUUGUUGCAAAUGCGAAAAAAAAUCCCCAACUACAAAACGUUGGACCGCUCACGGCAGGUGAAAUUCAAGACGCAGAAACAAUGUGGAUUAAACAUGUUCAACGUCAGAGCUACGGAGAUGAGAUCAAGACGUUAAUGUCAAAACCUGCAGAACUCAAGCAGUUGUUUGAAUCUGAAUCAGUUAAAACCUAUUUAGCUAACCGCCGUGUUGAAUGGUUGUUCAUACCGAAACGGGCACCUUGGUACGGUGGUUUUUGGGAACGGUUGAUUGGGUUGACAAAGACAGCCUUGAAAAAGGUGCUGGGCCGCCGUUUCUUAACGCUUGAUGAGUUACAGACUGUCCUCACCGAGAUUGAGGCCAUACUCAAUGACCGACCGAUCACAUACCUGUCCUCAGAUACUGAUGAUUUACAACCGCUUACGCCAUCGCAUUUUUUACAUGGUAGACCACUGUCUACUGUUCCUCAUGAGUUGUACGAUACUGAUGAGUUGCGUGACCCAACGUUUGGCAGUCAGUCAGAAUUGCAACGACGCGCUGUGUUGAUGGCCAGUGUGCAAGCACAGUUUUGGAACCGGUGGUCACAAGCGUACCUAGCGGCUUUACGUGAAAGAGAUCGCAAUUGUGAUUAUAUGCCUAAGACAUACAACGCUGACCAGCCAGAAUCGCAGGAGAGCAACGUGAGCACCCCACCAAUGAAAGGCUCGCCGAUGAAUAUAAAAACACUGAAAGAUGGAAGUAGUGGAAGGAGGGUGACUUGA